AGAUGAUAUUUAGGGCUAUUGAAGCAUUGAAUAGUGACAAUGGCUCCAACAAAUCCACGAUAUCAAAGUACAUAGAAUCAACUUAUGGAAACUUGCCCACUGGGCACUCAUCUCUGCUCACACACCAUUUGAACAUGAUGAAAGCCAGUGGGGAACUUGUGUUUUGGAAGAACAACUACAUGAAAAGGGACCCCACGGCACCUCCCCGGCGGGGGCGUGGCAGGCCUCCAAAACCAAAGGUGCCUCUGCCGUCCAAUGUGGCAUCAUCCCCACCAAAGCCCAGAGGCCGCCCACCUAAGGACCCCAAUGCACCUCCACAGCCACCGAAGCCAGUGACGAUGAAGGUAUCUUCUGGGACUGGGAAACCAAGAGGACGACCGAGGAAAUUGGCUCGGCCAACGUCCAUCACAGCACCUCCAGCACCGAGCGGGAGGCCCAGAGGUCGGCCUCCCAAGGCGAAGGCUCCAUUGACUGAAGUUGGCGUUCAACAGUAGACUGUUGCAGUGCAGUGUUAAUUGGUAGUGCCUUGACUCUCUCUCUCUCUCUCUCUCUCUCUCUGUUGAUGUGUGAGCAGUUGUAGAUGUAGAACUAGUAUUAGUUUGUUGUGGGUGUGGGUGUGGGUGUGGGUGUAAUUCAUGUAAAAUGUGGUGUAGUGGCUUGUGAGGCUCUGUUGCUUUCCAAUUUACAAAGUGAACAUUGACCUGUGCUAAUCAUAAUCUCUCUUAGUGUUUCAAUCAUUUGUAUGUUGACAAGUCUUUGAGUUUCUUGACAACUAAAUAAAGCCCAAAUAGUUGUUUCA